UAGUUGACAUAUACGUAACAUAUAUGUUGAUUUAUUGUUUUAAAAAAUAUAAGUUUCAAAGUUUACAAUGAUGAAUACACUUCUACCAUUAAGAAAAUUAUCAUAUACAGCGCAAAAAUUGUUAGUUAAUAAUAUGAUUAAUCCGAAAUAUUCCAUUGUAACAAAUUUAAGAAAUCUUCACAUAACCUCUUUUAAUACAAAAGAGAUAAGAAAUAUAAAUGAGAAAGUCAGAGUUGGUAAUAAAAGAUAUGAUUUGAUUGAAGGAGAAGUAACAGGUUCAAUUCAUAAUUUAGAACAAAUAAAACUUUUCCCAGAAGAAGACACACCAAAUUGGAUUUUUAAAGGUAUACCAUAUAAGGAAUUACCAAUUAUAAAUAUAAGAGCAACUCGUAACAAUACUAUUCUAUCUCUGACAGAUUAUAAAGGAAAGAUGUUAGCAAUACAUUCUGCGGGUAUGGAGGGUUUUAAAAAUACUAGGAAAGGUACUAAUGUCGCAGCACAACAAACAGCUUUAAGUUUCAGCGAGACAAUUCGAAGUAAAUGUACACCAGUAAUCAGAGUGCGUGUAGAAGGAUUAGGCCCUGGUAGAAUGGCUGCUUUAAAAGGUCUUCAGUUAGGAGGAAUAGAAAUCAUAUCAAUCACAGACAGUACAAAAGUUUCAUGGUGUCCACGAAGACCAAGAAAGCCGAGGAGAGUAUAAUUAUAACCUAUACAUAGAACAAUAUCUUUAAAAAGUCAUCUUAUUAUUAUAAUUCAACAGUUAUAUGUAUAUUUACUCAAAAUUAGAACUUCAUAUUUAUAUCAUUGGAAUUGCUAAUUUCAUAAUGCAAUAUAACUUUCGAGUUACGUACUUUUCAUAGAAACAUUUUGAAUUCAAGCCUGAGAAUAAUUCUGAAUACUUUAUUACGUUUUUUAUUAAAUAAAAUUCUAAAGUUUUCAGUUCGAUAUAGAAAAACUAAGUAAGUUGAAAAAAUAAUUUGUCAACGUUGUGCAUAGAAGAAAGAAAAUUUUGAAUUUUUAUUCUCUUUUAAUUUGAAGAUAAUUGAGAAAAGAACAACGGUUUUCACACGACUCGACGUGACGUGAAAUUUCGGUCUUAUAUAUAAGCGUAAAAAUAUUAUUUUUUGUAUUGGAUUUACAAAUAAUCGAUUAUUCAGGUCUCAAGAGUCCUAUUAUAAACUGGAAAUGCGUAGAGUCCCAUAGGGAAGUUUGACCUAGAUAGCUUAAAGUACCCUUGGGAUAUUGUAGCCUAUAUUCGGUAAUUAAGCGUUUGUGUCCUUAACUAUAAACUUUCAAUGAAAGUUAUACGCAACAGUUAAUGUUCAUCUACUACGCGUGUUUAUUGCGCUGAUUUAUUGAUGGUAUUGUCUACGUUCUGUCAACCGAAUUGAUAGAUAUACAAGCGGGAUGUGUGUAAACUUCUCAUUUACAGCUUAAUAACCGUCUUUAUUAACGAUGUAUAAAUAUUUGGCAUUGUUUUGUAAUAUAUAAUAUAAAUUAUAUAAUAGUCUAAUACUAUUUACAAUAUUCGAAUAAUUUACAAUACUCAUUAUAACAUACUGAAUUAUUGACUAGAGCUCGACAAAAUAACUCUUAACAAAACAUUCUAUAAUUCUAAGCAUUUCAUGCAUUAUAAUUAGUAUUCAUAAUAAGGAUAUGUGUGUAUGUGUGUGUAUUAAUUGAGUAAUUGAGGAAUUUCAGCUAAUGAAAUUAUCGAUUCGUAUCUUAUGAAUCGUUAGGAACAAGUACAAAGAUCAAAUAUUAUCUACUCGACUCAAAGAUCUGAAUAAUAAUGAUGAUAAAAGUAUCAAAGAUCUAAUCAAUACAUGAAGGAUGAAAAGAAGGUAAAAUUCAUGGAUAAUGUUGAUGAUUCCUUGCAUAUACAGAAUCAUCGUUUUAACGUGAUUUGUUGUGUGAUCCAUGUUACAUAUUCCGAGACUCUCGUGUAAAUACCAGGAAGACGAGGUCUGGCACAACCUACUCCAGAAGAAACUACACCUACGACCAUCAUGCUACCAUCAGGAUGAUUUCCGACCAUAAGAGGACCACCACUGUCAGCCUGAAAGAAAAUAUGUUUCCUAUAAUCUUUUUUCCAUAUAUUUGUUUCGAAAAGAAAUCGAUUUUACUUGUUGUAAAACAUUUUUUUACGAAUAAAUUCAUUUAUGUUUAAUA